AUGAGUGAUUGGGAGGAAGACGCCGAAAUUGAAGUUCAAAUCGCCAUUCCCAAAAAGAACAAAUGGGAUGAUGAAGACGUUGAAGACGACGUCAAGGACUCUUGGGAAGACUUGGACGAAGAAAAGAAAGAAGAACCCAAGAAAGUAACAGCCCCUGUAAAGAAAAAGGUCCCAUUAAAACAAAAGAUUGCUGAAAAGCAAGCUAAAGAAGAGCAAAAGAAGAAGGAGUUGGAAGCUAAAAAAUUAGCAGAAGAAGAGGAGGCUGAAGAAGACGACUAUGCCCGCAAGCAACGUAUGCGUCAGUUGGAAUUAGAGGCUGAUAUGAUGAGUGCUACUGAAUUAUUCUCGGGUGUUUCGAUCGAGGAUAUGAAAGGAAAGCCUAUUGAGGAAUGGAAGCCAAAGAAUCGUGUUGAGUUAGAUACUUUCCGUAAACGCGUUGUAGAGAUUAUUUCUGCUAAUUCUAAAUCCAUCAACUAUGGCUGGAUGAUUGAUGAAUUACUACAUGACAUCGCUGUUCCUUUGAAAGAUACUGAAGUUAGAAAAGUGGCUACCACUUUAACCAAUAUUGCUAAUGAAAAACAAAAGCAAGCAAAGGAAGCUACCAAGAAAGGAAAGGGUAAGGCUAAACCACAGUUGGUUGCUGCUGGAAAGAGUGGUGCUGUAGAUGAUACUUAUAAUGACUAUGACGAUGAUUAUGAUGACUUUAUGUAA